UGCCCGCCGUGCACCCGCUACCGGGCCAGCGCCGGGCCGGCUCCGGCGUCGAUGCCCCGCGGCUCCGACUGCACCAGAGCCAGCUGCCCUCCGGGCCGGGUGAGGGGAAGAUGUCCCAGCCCCCCGCUGCCGCCGAUGAGGGGGCCACGUUCGAGCACCUGUGGAGCUCCUUGGAACCAGACAGCACCUACUUCGACCUUCCCCAGCCAAGCCAGGGAAGCAGCGAGGUGGUGAGCGGCACGGAGGCCGGCAUGGACGUCUUCGAUCUGCAGGGCAUGACCACGCCCGUCAUGCCCCAGUUCAGUCUGCUGAGCAGCGCCAUGGACCAGAUGAGCAGCCGCGCGGCCCCGGCCAGCCCCUACACCCCGGAGCACGCCGCCAGCGUGCCCACCCACUCCCCCUACGCGCAGCCCAGCUCCACCUUCGACACCAUGUCGCCCGCUCCGGCCAUCCCCUCCAACACCGACUACCCCGGCCCCCACCACUUCGAGGUCACCUUCCAGCAGUCGAGCACAGCCAAGUCGGCCACCUGGACG